CCUCGCUCCCCCAUGCCUUCCCCACCUAUCCAGAUAUUUCUAACAACAAUCGCGUCCCAGCCAGCUCUCAGGCAGCGCCAAGAGUAUUUGCUACGUAUCUUGCAGGUCAAGAAGAUUCCCUUCACUUCGUAUGAUCUGGCAUCCGAUGAACGAGCAAAGAGACUGUGGAAGCGAAAGACGCCUUUAGACAAGCAACAGCUACCAGGAAUCCUGGUAGGCGGUAAAUUCCCUGGGGCCUUCACUGAUUUCGAAGAAGCUGUCGAAUUCAACGAACUGGACCGUUUCCUGCGACUGAAUGAAACGUGGGAUCCUGAAGUCGACCAUCAUAUAGAACUGGAAGAACAACCUAUCGGCGUUCCUGGUGCAGCCCUUCCCUUGCAAAUGACACCCGAUCACAUCAAGAAGCUAGCUCUCAAUAGAAAACCAUCUCCCUCACCCAAUGAAAUACCCGUGAACAAGCGCACAGAUCUGUUUGACAUCAGCACGGAAUUGUCUGGUUACGGUCUGCAAGGCGUACAUGCCUCGGAGCAGGAGUUGAUUGACCUUGUGAAGGAGUUGGGUUUAGAAGGGGAAGAUGCUGGUGACUUGGUAAAAGGGUUGUCAAACGAAACACUGCAAAACGAGGCAAAAUCUUCCGCAUCUGAUACUAAAGAGACUGGAGUCACCAAUGCUUCCGAACCGAAGGAGGAAGGGAAAUUGACGACAGAUGAAGAAAGAAAGGUACAGAGCAAAGAGGGUACAGAGGAUACAACGGAGAAGGGUGGGGCUGUUCAAGCAGAUACCCUCAGUAAGGAAAAAUGAUACGAUAUUGUGUAGCAUGUGUAUUCCUGGUCCGGUAACCUUACAUUUGUAUCUAUGUUCGCUGGGAGGAGUUUACAGCCUUGAUACGAGAAGACCACCGUCUAAUGUUAUGGUUGCACCGUUGAUAUACGCACCCGCAGAACUUGAAAGAAACAGUGCUGU